AGGACCCCGAGCAGCGCUGCAAAAUGUUAGAUUCCCUCGCUUUGCUUUUGGAGAAAACCUUUCUUCUCGCGCAUUUCAACUUUUUUUCAGCCCGGCCCCGUCCAAGCAGGAACGAUGCGCAAAGCGCCGCGAGGACGGCUUGCUUCCAGCGCGGGGAUCUGCUGGAGGUUCCGCGCACUUUGUUCACUCACUUUGGCAUUUACCUCGGCGACGACAGAGUCGCGCACCUUAUGCCCGACAUACUGCCGGUUCUGACGAGCAACGCCUCUCAGAUCCAGAAGGUUGUGACGAACAAGAGGUUGCUGCUCGGCGUGAUCUACAAGUACGCCUCGGUGCGGGUGGACACGGUGGAGGAUUUUGCCUACGGAUCUCCGGUUCUGCUCAACACAAUGGAUACUGCCCUGAGGAGACAGCCGCUGGCCGCCGAGGAGGUCGCCAGGAGAGCUGAAAAACUUAUCGGUCAGAUUCCCUACAGUCUUUUGUGGAAUAACUGCGAACAUUUUGUCACGUACUGCCGCUACGGGACAGCGGUCAGCGUGCAGACGGAGCAGUUCUAUGAAAAUUUAAAAUCGGUAAUCCGGGACCAGAGGAGCGUUCUUCUGACCACUUUCAUCGGGAAUGCUUUCCAUGUUUUUCUUGGAAUAGCUCCGUCCACCGCACUUCCAACCUUUAUCAUUCCUUUCAUCUUGUGGAUGGCUGGAUGACACUUCAACUCUGAACGCCUAU